GAACACGCCUUUUCUUACACUUCCUUGUGCAGAUCUCAGCUAAAAAAGUAGGAAAAAGUCAGAGUUAGUACAAACUGUUUGGGUAAUUAGUUUGAGUAAAGGGUUGCCAUAAUUUCCCUUAGGGUAACGGAUUUCCGACCUUUAUGAGACGGAAAAGCCAAGGCAGCAGGAAUUUACCCCUGAACUUGCUCUGGAUAUCCUCUAACCCCGCUUUGGGAAAGAUUUGUACUUUUACCUCAUGCGCAGCAAACAGACAGCGAGCAGAGUCCAGUUUGCGCUAUAAGUCCGUCCCGCCGCUCGCCGAGCAGCAGCCGUCAGCAGCAGGAAUGGCAGAAACCACCGGGAUCCUGAUCAAAGGGGGCAAAGUUGUCAACGAGGACUGUUCCGCGAUCAGCGACGUUUACAUCGAAAAUGGGAAAAUCGUGGAUGUCGGACCAAGCCUUCAGAUCCCAGCGGGAGUGCGGGUGAUUGACGCCACGGACAAACUGGUUCUCCCGGGCGGGAUAGACACGCACACUCACAUGGAGCUGGCGUUCAUGGGCACCAGGGCUGUGGAUGACUUCCACAUCGGGACCAAGGCAGCUCUGGCCGGAGGGACCACCAUGAUCUUGGACUUUGUCAUCCCCCAAAAGGGGCAGUCUCUGCUGGAGGCCUACGAUGCCUGGCGUAAGACAGCCGAUGCCAAAGUUUGCUGUGACUACUCGCUGCACGUCGCCGUCACGUGGUGGAGUGACGAGGUGAAGAAAGAGAUGGAAACUCUGGCCAAAGAAAAGGGAGUAAACUCCUUCAAGAUGUUCAUGGCCUAUAAGAACGUGUUUAUGCUUCAGGACUCAGAGUUAUACGCCUCCUUCGCCCAGUGCAAGAAGAUUGGAGCUAUCGCUCAGGUGCAUGCUGAGAAUGGAGAUCUGAUCGCAGAGGGGGCCAAGAAGAUGCUGUCCAUGGGCAUCACAGGACCUGAAGGGCACGAGCUCUGUCGGCCAGAGGAGGUGGAGGCGGAGGCCACCCAGCGAGCCAUCACCAUCGCCCACGCCGUCAACUGCCCACUCUACGUGGUCCAUGUCAUGAGUAAAUCUGCUGCCAAGGUGGUGUCCAAUGCACGCAGGGACGGCCGUGUGGUGUUUGGGGAGCCAAUCGCAGCCGGGUUAGGCACUGAUGGGACCCACUACUGGGACAAAGACUGGGCCCAUGCAGCUGGUUUUGUCAUGGGACCUCCGCUUAGACCAGAUCCCAGCACCCCGGGGUAUCUCAUGGACCUCUUGGCCAAUGAUGAUCUGAGUGUGACGGGAACAGACAACUGCACCUUUUCUGUGUGCCAGAAGGCCCUGGGCAAAGAUGACUUCACUAAGAUCCCAAACGGAGUGAAUGGUGUAGAGGACAGGAUGUCCGUCAUCUGGGAGAGAGGCGUGCACAGCGGCAAAAUGGACGAGAAUCGAUUUGUGGCCGUCACGAGCAGCAACGCAGCAAAAAUCUUCAACUUCUACCCACAGAAAGGCCGAAUUGCCAAAAACUCUGAUGCUGAUGUGGUGAUAUGGGACCCUAAGAUGACAAGGAGGAUAUCAGCCAAGACCCACCAUCAAGCCGUGGACUACAACAUCUUUGAGGGCAUGGAGUGCCACGGCGUCCCCAUCGUCACCAUCUCCAGGGGCAAGGUGGUUUAUGAGGCUGGACAGCUGCAGGUCUCGCCAGGACAGGGCAGGUUCAUCCACAGAGUGCCUUUCUCCGAGUUUGUUUAUAAAAGAAUCAAGCAAAGGGACCAGGUGGGGAGACCUACAGCUGUGACCAGAAAGCCCUACGAAGGCAAGGUCGUCUCUGUUUGAACUGGCCAAGAACAUGAAAGUCUCUCUGAAUGCCCAACUGUGUCUCCGCGGUAUGACCCAGGGGCCACCAAAGCAGUAAACAAGGGAAGCUUCUUAAAGAUAUAUGAGAGUUUGAAAAGGUCCAGAUGUUUAAAUCGACCCACUGCGCUAUUGGUGGAGGAUUGGCCUUCAGGUCAACGCUACUCCACACCUAGUUCAGUUUUCUGUUGGAACAUAGCACCAUGGUACAUUUCUACAGCUGUGUCAGGUUUUCCGGUCGGACCUGCUCAAUGCACAGGUCAGUAGAACCCAGCCAGCUGCUUAAAAUUGUGUUAGCUCUUAUGUUUAUGUCACGCAGUAGAUUUUAGGAAUGAUUUCAUGUUUUAAAAAAAAAACCCAGCAGAAAACAAAUAAAUGUGUAUUAUUCAUGCUCUGCAUAUUGAUGUAAUUCCACAAUAAAACUGCAUCUAGAUAUGA